CCUUCAUCGUUCUCUUAUUCAGAGGUGCCGCAGUCGUCGAGCGGACGCGUAACUUGCGCGAUCGAGAGGGACGGAGCGUGGAACUCGUUUUUGCUCAUCCGUAUGUUUCGCAAGCCGCCGCGAGUCAAACAGCGCAUUCUGACGUAGUACGGUCGAGUUUUCCUCUCAAUCCACGCGGCUUCGUCAACGCUUCGUUGUAUUUACAACACAUUCCGUCGCGAUAAUUUGGACUCUCACACGUCGAGUACAACGUUCAUCGGCAAGAAAUGGCAUUGAUACAAAGGCUACAGGGACUCUGCAGGCCGAUGCUCCUCGCCCUUGGUUCGAAUAGCGUCAAGUGUAAGGCUAGUCGGCAAUCGCUCGCGAAAAUCACUUCCACCACGCAACCGCUCUUCGAAAAGCAAGAAGUCAGUAUAACGUUUGUUAAAGCUAGUGGGGAAAGAAUAACAGCAAAAGGCAGAGAAGGAGAUAGUAUAUUAGAUAUUGUUGUGAAUAACGAAGUUGAUUUAGAUGGUUACGGUGCUUGUGAAGGAACAUUGACAUGCAGUACUUGUCAUUUAAUUUUCCCCAAAAAAGUUUAUGAUAACCUCCCAAAUAAACCCUCAGAAGAAGAGUUGGAUAUGUUAGACUUGGCGUACGAAUUAACUGACACAUCGAGACUAGGGUGCCAAGUAGUAAUGACCAAGGAACUGGAUGGUCUCGAAGUGCAAGUACCAGCCACUAUUAACGAUGCUAGGACGUAACGAACAAGCAUGCUAUUAACUUUAUAAGAGGUAUCCAAAUCAUAUGUGGCUGGUUCAUUCCACCUUUUAGAUCGGCUCCAUAUUUAGUAAAAUUCAA